AUGCCCCAUUUCUUCGAUCUGCCCCGCGAGGUGCGGGAUCUGAUCUACGGCCAAUACGUCAUUUGCGACGGCGGUUAUGUAUUGGACUUCGAAAGUAACACCCUCAAAUGUGCCAAUGGCGACAACAUCGACCUUGCCUUCAUGCUCACCUGCAAAGCCGUGGCAAAUGAAUUGAGGACCGUGCCAUUCUCUACGAAUACUCUCAACUUUUCUACGAUAUGUUCUGACAAGCAUCGCGUCACCGCCGGUCGUUUCGGCGAUCUAGUCAUGCGUAUAUCGAAGCAGCUAGGGGAGAAGUUGCACAACAUAUACCCCGAUAAUCUCAGCGUUCCUGAUGAUGUCUGGGAGGAACUCACGCGGAAUCAUCCGAGAUUUGCGCCGUACCUCGGCAUGAUCAAAGGCAGAGCAAACAAAUGGUGGACCAACGACCAGGGCAAGUUGAGGCAACAUUCGGACUGGCGAAAUGUCAGUCCUACUGGCUGCUGCGGGGAAACACCCUCUGUCUUCCGCGAUUUCUCCCGUGCAGCCAUGCAAACUAUUCUGGCACACAAGGAUCGAUUCAGCCCGGGGCAAUUCUCAAACUUUCAGAACGGAGUCUUUGUCCUUGGAGAGGAACGCAGGAAUGAUGGGCCGUACCCAGCACACCUUGAGAGGCUGGCCGGACUAAAUCCCGAUCCCUGGGAAAUUCCGACCCGACAAAGAGUUGACGACAUGAUGAAUCUUAUCCGCAAUGUUGAGGCGGAGCGGAUGGACGCGGAACGGAAGGCUCGCCGUGAAAGGGUGGAUCGCGAAUACGGACUCGACACAAGCUUGAUCAAGUAUCACUACUCCGCAGCGGCUGUAGCUGUUCGGUUUCUCAAGUCUUUAUCGAUGGAUGCCCGAUUGAACGUUAGGAGUAUCCUACUCAAAGAAGAACGAUUGGCAGUCGCAUUCUCUGAAUGUCAUGGGCUUGGGCUCAUUCCAUUUUGCCAAGAGAACCCGCACCUUCGUGUGGAACGACGGGUCAACAUGUGGAGGACCAUCCUACCUAUCACAUACAGGGAUUUAUAUGCUAUUGGCGGUGCGUUAAAGCCUUCAACCAAAGGAACUAGCACACAGAAGGAAUGGUCAUCCCAAGUCGCGAUCUGGACACAAGAGGCAUUGGAACUUGAACAUGCCGGAAUGCCACAAGGUUCAUUCACCCUCACUAUCGAUGGAGACUCGUCAUGCGCGGAAAUCUUCCGGGAAGUGGUUCAGCGAGACGCUGUGUGGCAGCAAGCAAUUGAUGCCUGCUUUGAGCGGGACAUUCUUCCACCGCUGCGAUGGGAUGUCCGGCGAAGAGACGCAAGAGAUCACAAACGUACCCACUUUGGCCAGCGUGAGGAUCCAGAACAGCCCGGUUCAUCAGAUAAUUCCUGGUAUGUACGCGAAGGUUUUCCGCAGGCAAUCCAUGCUAUUGUAGCUGGGACGUCUGUCGUCAAAUGCAAUUUCUGGGUGGGCGACGCUUGGGACGUGGAACAACUGGUAGAAGAGAACAAGGGUUGGACUAUGCUCCAAUGGAAGACAGGUUGGCAUAGUCAGUUUACGACUAGACAGUUUGAACCUGACCCGCCAUCACCCAGCUGGAUACAGCUUUUGUGCGACGACACAUUGCAGACGGGUCUGCCCCGGCAAAGAUGA